AUGGCGCCGCCGUCGUCGUCACCGUCGCCGCCACAGCAGUCUCCUGGAACCGUCCAGCGCCGUCAGCUGGGGAGAGGGGGAGCCGGCUCCGCCCAGAGGCAGCAUGACGGCGGCCGUGCUCUACCACCCCGACCGACGCUCGCCCAGAGGCCCACCUGCACGCCGAGCUCAGACCGCCCUGCUCUGCCUGCCCGCACGCACUGGCCUCACGCCCGGGUCCGCCCACCCGCACUCCCUGGCCUCACACCACAGGCCACCUGCUCCGCCCGCCCGCACGUCGAGAUCCGCCGCCCGCCCUGGCGUCCCGCCGAGAUCCGCCACCCGCCGCGCUCCACCAGGCCGCCCGCCAAGCUCGGCCUGCCUGCCCGCAAUGCUACACCGACCGACCCACCGCCGGCAUCCGCGCUCGGUAGCCGCGGUCCGCUCACCCGGACGCUGCCCGCCCGCCGCCUGAACACCGCCCGCCGCUGUGUGGGAGUGGGGAAUUUUGGGGAACGAUUCGAAAUGGCCAAGUUCAACUUCUGUUCAGGGAUCAUGUUAUAA